AUGAGUGUUCAGUACUACAUCCCGGAUUAUGUAAGAGUCUCUCCAGGUUGCAGGCACCUUCUCUCUCGAAUUUUUGUAGCCAAUCCCUACAAGAGAAUAACCAUCCCUGAGAUAAAGCAACAUCCCUGGUUCUUAAAAAACAUGCCAAGAGAGCUCGUCGAGGGCGAAAGAACAAGAUACCAAUCAUUAGUGGAACGUAAUAAGUUUAAUCAGACACUGGGGGAAAUUAUGAGGAUUAUAGAAGAGGCAAGAAAGCCAGCAGCAAUUCCUCACGCUCUUCAGAAGCCAGCAAUGAUGCCUGAAAAAGUAGAAGACUCUGAUUCUUAUGUUGAUACUGAAGAUGUGGAAACAAGUGGAGAUUUCCUUGAUAUAGAGUUCUGUGAUGCUCAGUAG